GCUUAGUUGGACCUUUGUUUUCUAGCGGUUCGGUUGCUGUUGUUACGAAGCAUUUUGUAAACAAAUAAAAUACCUUUGUUUUCGGUGAAAAAAUUAUUCUAAAAAUCAAAGUUCAAAAGAACUAAAAGAAAAUGCCUGUUACGCAAAAUAUUCCACGAAGACAAUGCAUCCCAAUUAUUUAUACCAGAGGAACGCACUACGAUGUCGGUUAUGAUGUGGGACGUACGUUUGGAGCAAUUAUAAAAAACUUCUUGCAACUGUCUGGCCCACUUAAUGAGUCAUAUUUACCACUGUAUAAUACCCCUGAAGGACGUAAAGUCUACAAUGAAACCUUAGAAUCGGUGAAAAAAUCGUUUCCACAAUACGUACAAGAAUUAGAGGGAACUGCAGAUGGAGCUCAAGUUGAAUUUCAUAAGCUUUUCUUAUUGCAUAUGGAUGAGAUCCUGCCGAAUGUAGUGCAAUCUAAGAAUGCAACGGACCAACCUAUUGGAUGUUCGACAAUUUGCGUGAAUGAAAAGGAUCAACAAAUAUUGGGACACACGGAGGAUGCACUCGCCGAGACUUUAAAUCAUUACUACUUUGUGUCGGCUCACAUUGUAUCACCCGGGCCACAAGGCAAAUACAAUGUUACGGAGGAACGAUUUACCUCACUUUGCUAUGCCGGACACUUGCCGGGAUAUACAAUGAAUUACAAUCAUCAUGGAUUGGUGUUUUCGAUUAAUACGUUGAGCGCAAAGCGUUUGAAUAGUGGAAAGACACCUAGACAUUUUAUAACACGUGCUUUAUUAUCAGCCGAUAACUUUGAGAAAGCGCAAAAAAUAAUUCGAGACUUUGGAGUUGGGGCGGCUGAUGGUUGUUCCAUCAAUAUGACGUUUUUAAAACAAGAAGGAAAUCGUUUAUUCCAUAAUGCUGAAAUGGGUCCUGCAUCUCCAGGAACGGAUCAAUCACAACUCAAUGUCUUGACUGCGAGUCCUGGUGAAUUUAUAUUGCAUUGUAACAAGUAUCUCAGACUUCCGGUGGAAGAAGUUGGCGGAAUGAUCGUGGAAUCGAGUAACGAUCGCAUGGUUACAUUUACAAAAUCUUUCGAUGCUCCAAAGACGCGUAAUGAUGUCAUUCAAAUGCUCGGGGAUACAAGUUCGACAGGACAUCGCGUUUUUAGAGACGAACCUGAUGCUUUUAUUAAAACUAUUUGUGUUGGAAUUUUCGAUUGUGUUAAUCGGACAUGGACUUUGUAUUCUGACAAUCCAAAGACAAGUGAACCACUUGUUGUCCUACCAUUGUUCAUCAAGGAAAAGUGAAUUGAAUUGAAUAUAACAUGCAAUAUGUAUUUAAUACUAAAACUAAUCUGAAAGAUUAUAGCUUGAGCAAUAAAAUUAUGUGUACCGCUUACAUUUUUGUAGUUUGAACAUUAUUUUUC